AUGGCACGUGAUAGUAGUAUUCCAAGUGAAGCUGCUGAUUUAAUGGCUAGACCCAUGUCUUCAUCAAAAAAUGUUUCAUAUCGACAGAAAAAACUUCCACCUAUUCGUCAACAACAACAACAACCGCAACGUCGAAAUGGAAAUACGACGUCAUCAAAUAGAUCAGAUCAAUUACUGGGAAAUCAACGACGUAUUGCGCGAUUUAUUAAGCAUAUCAAAAAGGUUUCCGAGCUAUUCGGAAACCUUGCCUGGGGUUUCCGAGUCAUUUGGAAACCCUAA